AUGUACCCCAUCGUUGUCCUCGCUCUCCUUCCCUUCCUCUCCUCCGCCAUCCUCGUUUCCCCCCUCCAGUCCAACUCAAGCACUCCCUUCGUCCUCCGCGCCCUGAGACUCGGUUUCCCAAUCCACCUGUCCACUUUGAACGCCAACGACGGCCACUUCUGGCUCGGCAAAGCAACCUCCUCAUCCUGUCCCGCAGAGCCGAAAAUGGACUGCCCAACAGAGACCGAGACAGCCGUGGUGGUAUCAGGCGACGGAUACGCCACUCUGGCAAGCCCACCCACCUUAGCCCCCCCUACCCCACUGACCUCCCCACCAUCCCUCUUCUAA